GUAGAUUCCGGGUAAUGUGGGGAGUAGUAUAUAGGGUACACAUCUUGUCAAACUGACAAGCCCUGCCCACUGACAGAUGCCCUGCCCCUGGCCCUGCCCCUGGCCCCAUCCUAGCUCCACCCCAACCCCCCCUAGACACGCCCCCUGCCCGCCAUCUUGGCUGGCAUCUUUGGCCGCCAUCUUACGGUCGGAAGUCCUCCCCCUAACCCCUGACCUUUGCCACCAGAAACUUCACCCCUGAACCCUCCUGGCAGCUGUGUUGGUGGCCAUCUUGGCCACCAUGUUGCAUCCCAGAACACCCUGCUCCCAUCACAUGGCCUGUGACCUCACCAGGCCCAGCUGCCUGGGACCCAUGUUGGUGGCCAUCUUGACCGCCAUGUUCCAUCCCAGAACACCCUUUUCCCAUCACAUGGCCUAUGACAUCAGAAGAGUCACUCCUUAACCGGGAAACUCCUCCACCCCAUAAUGCCGCUGAGCCAAUAGGGGGGCAAGUAUAGGGGUGGGGGGUGGGACCUAGGCUGGCAGUCCCUGGCCUGUCUCUUGUCUAAAUCCUGUUGGGAAAACCCUCCAAACUAGGCCGCAUGUUUUCUGAGACCACGCUAAUACAGACAGAAACAAAUAUGGAUUCUUACACUUUGGAAGCCUCAGGCACUGUUCAGACCUCUCUCAACAGCACUAUGGGUGAGAUCUCAGUGAUUGAGACAGAUUCCCGGACUCCCAAAACAGAUCCGGGGACCGUGGCAUACCCUCAACAGACCGCAUCAGAGCCACAGGCAGAGAGCCUGGGAGUGGCAGACAACCUCAACCCCAAAGACUCUGCUGAGGGAGCAAGUAUGAAUUCUUACACCACACCAGUAAGACACUUUGUUCCUGCUUUACCACAAAGACCAGAUAAAUGUCUGCCAAGAAAAUGCUACUGUAGCGACAGUUCUGAAGAGGGGGAGAUUAAGGAGAGUAGCCGCCUAAGCCAAGAGUUUCCUGAGAUGUUUGGUGGCCAAGGGCCCAGAGUAGAUGCUGAUGAUUCUGGAGAAGAGGGGUGUCUCAUUUUGGAUGCUGAGGGAGAAGAAGAUGUCUCUGGGGGGGCAGAGCCACUGGUGAGUGUUUUGAACUUGGAGAGGAGCUGGUGUGUGUGUGUGUGUGUGUGUGUAAAUCUUAUGUGGAUAAAACCCACAAAUGUAAGGAGAGGCAAUGCAAACAGUGCUACGGGCAGAUCAAGGAUGUAGACAAGCACCAGUGCUUUAUGCCCCAGAUUACUAAACCUGAAAUAGGGGAGGGUUACAUUUUUUAUGAUUUUGAAUGCAUGCAGGAGACUGGGAUUCACA